AUGGAAUUGGAGCCAACUACUGGAGAUAAGGAACUUGAAGACUCGGUAAAUCCAGAUCAGACUUGUGAUGAAAUUACUGCCAAUACUUGUACUUUAGUUGAGAGGCGAACUUCGCCCAGGAAAAGAAAGCCCAUAAUCCCUUUGCCACUUAUUGAAGAUGAUUUGCAAAUCGCGUAUGCAUCCGGCAUGGUCAUCGACCUGAAGUGUAUUCCAUGUGGCAAAACGUUCAAGCGAAGAAGUCACUUGAAUCGCCACCUGCGCAUUCACACUCGGGUAGCUGAGGUCAUUUGCAAGUUCUGCAAACGGACUUACGAUAACCAGUCGAUGCUCGCUGAGCAUGUUAUGGAACAACACCAGGGCAGCCGUGCUUACCAAUGCAGCUUCUGUGACAAGACCUUCAAGACAUCAAGCCACUUGAUGCGGCACCGACGCAUUCACACGGGCAUCCGACCAUACAAGUGCAGUUUUUGUGAGAAGGGUUUCACAGACAAAACUAGUCUCACGUCUCAUCUUGUCACUCACACCGGUAUCAAGGACCAUAAAUGCAAAAUCUGCGAAAAGGCUUUUGCACGUAAUACCCACCUCAUCCGACACAUGAAACUACAUGAACGCAAUGAAGACAGUCAGCUAGUUGAGUGCAGGUAUUGUCGCUUGCUCUUUCCCUGCCAGGAGAAACUAAAGGCUCACGUAACUUCGCAUAGCAAGACUUGCCACGUUUGUAAUAAGGCAUUCCGUAACUUAUCUCGAUUGACUAGGCACAUGAGCAAACACACUAGGGAACUGGCUUACAAAUGCCAGAUUUGUGCCAAAGUCUUCUCUGACACGCGUGACUUGGCCACCCACAUAAGCACACAUUCGGACGAUAAAAAAUAUAGCUGUGGUUUCUGUCCAAAAACAUUUUCUUGCCAACUUCAUUGUGAAGCACAUGAAAAAGUACACACUGGAUGGCAACCGUUUGCAUGUCAGUUCUGCAAUAAGAAAUUUCCUGAUUCUGGCAGCCUCACUGAGCACCUGCAAUGCCAUUCUGGACCCCAGCUUUAUGCCUGUACACAAUGUCCAGAAAGCUUUGACCAUCUUGAUGAUUUAAACAGACAUCUAAGUACUCAUGAGGAAGAGGAGAAACCAUAUAAAUGCGAUCGCUGUGACCGAACUUUUUCACAUGCAACCACUUUGGCAUCCCACGUUCGAACCCAUGUUGAGAAGAAGCUUUUUGAGUGCCAGUACUGCUUGAAACGGUUUCUGACCCGUGCGCACCAAAACCGACACCUUCGCGUUCAUGCUGAUGAGAUUGCGGCAACGUUGCAUUUCUGCCAAGUCUGUCAAAUCGAAAAGAACAGACGAAUAACGUUUCCAAAUAGAGAGGCACUUGAUACGCACAUGGCAGAAUAUCACCUGGAGAAACUGCCCUCAGAAAAGGGCAAAGAGAGAAAUAAUAGCAAUAGCAGCAGUGAAAGAACUGAAAUGGAUAAUCCUAGUGUGGAAUCGGUGGACAAUAAAACUGAUCCUUCUGAUACUGAAGCCGAGAAGUCUGCAACAAAACGAAUGAUUACGGUUGCUUCCUCUGCUGAUGGUAGUGAUAGUUCCUUAGAAUGCUUAAUUUGUCAUCGGCAGUUUGCUCGUGCAAACAAUCUUUCUAUUCAUCUGCGUUGCCAUACUGGAGAACGACCUUACUCUUGUACAAUGUGUGACAUGAAAUUUGCUUUGUCUGGUACCCUGCGCCGUCACAUGCGCACGCAUUCUGGUGAGAAACCCUUUAAGUGUCAUGUCUGCCUACGUAAUUUUGGGGCUUCCUAUUCCCUUAAACGACACCUACGUAUUCACACUACUCAGUCAGAGAGUGGGCCAGAGACUGGGAAACUAAAAACAGAUGAUGAGUACGAGGAGGAAGACGAAGUUGAUGAUGAUGUUGACGACAACGAUGAUAAGAAUAAUAAUUAUAUGGAAGGCGAGAAACUGACCAUUAAAAAUGUAAAUUAA